AUGUGGCCGCGUCUGGCCUUUUGUUACUGGGGUCUGGCGCUCGUCUCGGGCUGGACGACCUUUCAGCAGAUGUCCCCGUCGCCCCAUUUCAGCUUCCGCGUCUUCCCUGAGGCGGCGCCGGGGUCCCCGGGGCGGCUGCUGGCGCCGCCCGAGCCCAGCGAGGAGCCGGCCGAGAGCAAACUGGAGCGGCUGGGCCAGGCGUUCCGGCGGCGCGUGCGGCGGCUGCGGGAGUUGAGCGCGCGCCUAGAGCUCGUCUUCCUGGUGGACGAGUCGUCCAGCGUGGGCCAAGCCAACUUCCUCAGCGAGCUCAAGUUCGUCCGCAAGCUGCUGUCUGACUUCCCCGUGGUGCCCACGGCCACGCGCGUGGCCAUCGUGACCUUCUCGUCCAAGAACAACGUGGUCCCGCGCGUCGACUACAUCUCCGCCCGCCGCGCGCACCAGCACAAGUGCGCGCUACUCGGCCGUGAGAUCCCGGCCAUCACCUACCGCGGCGGCGGAACCUACACCAAAGGCGCCUUCCAGCAAGCAGCGCAAAUUCUUCGUCAUUCUAGAGAAAACUCAACAAAAGUCAUAUUUCUCAUUACUGAUGGCUAUUCCAAUGGGGGAGAUCCUAGACCGAUCGCAGCAUCACUGCGGGAUUUUGGAGUGGAGAUCUUCACUUUUGGCAUCUGGCAAGGAAACAUCCGGGAGCUGAAUGACAUGGCUUCCCCUCCAAAGGAGGAACACUGUUACCUACUCCACAGCUUUGCAGAAUUUGAGGCUUUAGCUCGCCGGGCACUGCAUGAAGAUCUGCCUUCUGGGAGCUUUAUUCAAGAGGAUAUGUCCCAUUGCUCAUAUCUCUGUGAAGCCGGCAAAGAUUGCUGUGACCAAAUGGCAAGCUGCAAAUGUGGGACACACACAGGUCAAUUUGAGUGCAUCUGUGAAAAGGGGUAUUACGGAAAAGGACUGCAAUAUGAAUGUACAGCUUGCCCAUCAGGGACAUACAAGCCUGAGGGCUCACCGGGAGGGAUCAGCACUUGCAUUCCGUGUCCUGAUGAAAACCAUACCUCUCCGCCAGGGAGCACAGCACCUGAGGACUGUGUCUGCAAGGAGGGCUACCAGGCAUCAGGGCAGACAUGUGAAGUGAUCCGCUGCCCAACCCUGAAGCCUCCUGAAAAUGGUUACUUUAUCCAGAACACUUGCAACAACCACUUCAAUGCAGCCUGUGGGGUCCGAUGCCUCCCUGGAUAUGACCUCGUGGGAAGCAGUAUCUUCUUGUGUCUACCCAAUGGUUUGUGGUCUGGUUCAGAGACUUCUUGCAGAGUGCGAACAUGCCCCCGGAUCCGCCCGCCAAAACAUGGCCGCGUCAGCUGCUCUGCAGUGGAAAUGUCCUAUAGGACAACCUGUCUGGUUACCUGUGAUGAAGGGUACAGGCUCGAGGGAAGUGGAAAGCUUACCUGCCAAGGAAACUCUCAGUGGGAUAGUCUGGAACCCCGGUGUGUGGAACACCACUGCUCCACCUUUCAGAAGCCAAAGGGUGUCACUGUGUUGCCUCCCAGCUGCGGCAAACAGCCAGCCACGCCUGGGACUGUCUGUCAGUUAAGUUGCCGCCAGGGAUUCCUUUUAUCUGGAGCUAGAGAAGAAGUGAGAUGCACCACCUCUGGAAAAUGGAGUACCAGAGUUCAGACAGCUGUUUGUAAAGAUGUGGAGCCUCCUCAAAUUAACUGUCCUAAGGACAUAGAAGCGAAGACUGAGGAACAGCAAGACUCAGCUAAUAUUACCUGGCAGAUCCCAACAGCGAAGGAUAACUCUGGUGAAAAGGUGUCAGUUCACGUCCAUCCAGCCUUUACUCCACCUUAUCUUUUCCCAAUUGGAGAUGUUGCUAUCACAUACACGGCGACUGACCUGUCCAGCAACCAAGCCAGCUGUACUUUCCAUGUCAAGGUUAUUGAUGUAGAACCACCUGCCAUAGAUUGGUGCAGAUCUCCACCUCCAAUCCAGGUCUCUGAGAAAGAGCAUGCUGCGACCUGGGAUGAGCCACAGUUCUCAGACAACUCAGGGGCUGUAUUGGUCAUCAGCAGAAGUCAUUCUCCGGGAGACCUCUUCCCUCAUGGGGAGACUAUAGUACAGUAUACAGCCACAGACCCAUCGGGCAAUAAUAGAACAUGUGACAUCCACAUUAUCAUAAAAGGUUCUCCCUGUGAAGUUCCAUUCAGACCUGUAAACGGGGACCUUUUAUGUACUAAGGAUCAUGCUGGUGUUAACUGUACCUUAAGUUGUUUGGAAGGCUAUGAUUUCACAGAAGGAUCUACUGAGAAGUAUUACUGUGCUUAUGAGGAUGGGAUCUGGAAACCACCGUAUUCCACUGAAUGGCCAGAUUGUGCUAUAAAGCGUUUUGCGAACCAUGGGUUCAAGUCCUUUGAGAUGCUUUACAAAGCAACUCGCUGUGAUGACACGGAGCUCCUGAAGAAGUUUUCUGAAGCUUUUGAGACCACCCUGGGGAAAAUGAUCCCAACCUUUUGUAAUGAUGCUGAUGACAUUGACUGCAGACUGGAGGACCUGACCAGAAAAUACUGCCUAGAAUAUAAUUACGACUACGAAAACGGCUUUGCAAUUGGGCCAGGUGGUUGGGGUGCAGCAAAUAGGCUGGAUUACUCUUACGAUGACUUCUUGGAUGUUGUACAAGAAACUCCCCCAGGCGCCAGGAGAGCCAAACCUUCACGGAUCAGAAGAAGUACUCAAAUAUCUGACCACAAAAUUAAGUUAAUUUUUAACAUUACAGCUAGUGUGCCAUUACCUGAGGAGAGAAACGAUACUAUUGAAUUGGAAAAUCAGCAACGACUCAUUAAAACAUUGGAAACUAUCACAAAUCGACUGAAAAGGACCCUCAAUAAGGAGCCCUUGUAUUCUUUUCAGCUUGCCUCUGAAAUGCUUGUAGCUGACAGCAACUCAUUAGAAACAGAAAAAGCUUCCCUCUUCUGCAGACCAGGCUCGGUGUUGAGAGGACGCAUGUGUGUGAAUUGCCCUCUGGGAACCUAUUAUUCUCUGGAGCAUUCUGUCUGUGAAAGCUGUGGGAUAGGAUCCUAUCAAGAUGAAGAAGGACAACUUGAGUGCAAACUCUGUCCAGCUGGGACUUACACUGAAUAUCUCCAUUCAAGAGGCAUCUUUGAAUGUAAAGCUCAGUGUCAACAAGGGACCUAUUCAUCAAAUGGACUUGAGACUUGUGAAUCGUGUCCUCUGGGCACUUACCAGCCAGCAUUCGGUUCCCGGAACUGCCACGUAUGUCCAGAAAACACUUCGACUGUGAAAAGAGGAGCUGUGAACCUUUCUGCUUGUGGAGUGCCUUGUCCAGUGGGAGAAUUCUCACGUUCUGGGUUAAUGCCGUGUUAUCCGUGUCCUCGUGACUACUACCAACCCGAUCCAGGGAAGUCCUUCUGCUUAUCUUGUCCAUUUUAUGGAACUACAGCAAUCACUGGCGCCACAUCCAUCACAGACUGUUCAACUUUUAGUUCCGCUUUCCCUGCAGCAGAAGAGAGUGAAAUACCAGAAGCCCCUACUGGACUCAUCAAAAAGAAAUAUGUCGUCAGCAGCCAGGUUUUCCAUGAAUGCUUCUUAAAUCCUUGCCAUAAUAGUGGAAGCUGCCAACAACUUGGACGUGGUUAUGUUUGCCUCUGUGCACCUGGAUAUACAGGCUUAAAGUGUGAAACAGACAUUGAUGAAUGCAGCUCACUGCCUUGCCUUAACAAUGGAAUCUGCAAAGACCAAGUUGGAGAAUUUAUUUGUGAGUGCCCUUCUGGUUACACAGGUCAGCUAUGUGAAGAAAAUAUAAAUGAGUGCAGCUCGAGUCCCUGUUUGAACAAAGGAACCUGUGUUGAUGGUUUGGCUGGCUAUCACUGCACUUGUAUGAAAGGAUUCACAGGUCUGCACUGUGAAAUAGAAGUCAACGAAUGCCAACCAAACCCGUGUUUAAAUAAUGCAGUCUGUGAAGACCUGGUUGGAGGAUUCCUGUGUAAAUGCCCACCUGGGUUUCUGGGUCCCCAUUGUGAAAAAAAUGUGGAUGAAUGUCUCAGUCAGCCAUGCAAAAAUGGAGCUACCUGUAAAGACGGCAUCAAUAGCUUCAGAUGCAAUUGUGUAGCAGGUUUCACAGGGCCAUACUGUGAACUGAACAUCAAUGAAUGUCAGUCUGACCCAUGUAGAAACCAAGCCACCUGUGUGGAUGAAUUAAACUCAUACAGUUGCAAAUGCCAGCCAGGAUUUACAGGCAGUCGAUGUGAAACAGAACAGCCUACGAGUUUUAACCUGGAUUUUGAGGUUUCUGGAAUCUAUGGUUAUGUCAUGCUGGAUGGAGUGCUUCCAUCUCUCAGUGCUUUAACCUGCGCUUUCUGGAUGAAAUCCUCUGACAUCAACAACUAUGGAACACCAAUUUCCUAUGCACUUGAGAAUGGCAAUGAUAAUACUUUCCUCCUGACUGAUUAUAAUGGCUGGGUUCUUUAUGUGAAUGGCAAGGAAAGGAUAACAGACUGCCCCUCAGUGAAUGAUGGCAAAUGGCACCAUAUUGGAAUCACUUGGACAAGUGCUGGUGGAGCUUGGAAAGUAUAUAUCGAUGGGAAAUUAUCAGAUGGUGGCUCUGGCCUCUCUGUUGAUUCAGCCAUACCUGGUGGUGGUGCUUUAGUUCUUGGGCAAGAGCAAGACAAAAAAGGAGAAGGAUUCAGUCCGGCAGAGUCUUUUGUGGGCUCCAUAAGCCAGCUCAACCUCUGGGACUAUGUCCUGUCUCCACAGCAGGUGAAAGCACUGGCUACCUCAUGCCCGGAGGAACUCACUAAAGGAAAUGUAUUAGCCUGGCCGGAUUUCCUGUCGGGAAUUGUAGGGAAAGUGAAGAUUGAUUCCAAGAGCAUAUUCUGUUCUGAUUGCCCACCUUUGGAAGGAGCAGUACCUCAUUUGCGAACACUCUCAGCAGACUUAAAGCCAGGCUCCAGAGUCAGCCUGUUCUGCGAUCCAGGCUUCCAGCUGAUCGGGAACCCUGUGCAGUCCUGCCUGAACCAAGGACAGUGGACACAACCCCUUCCUCACUGUGAACGCAUUCGCUGUGGGGUGCCACCCUCUUUGGAGAAUGGCUUCUAUUCAGCUGAGGACUUCCACGCUGGCAGCACAGUGACCUACCAGUGUAACAGUGGCUACUAUUUGUUGGGUGACUCAAGAAUGUUCUGUACAGAUAACGGGAGCUGGAAUGGCAUCUCACCAUCAUGCCUCGAUGUUGAUGAAUGUGCAGUUGGAUCAGAUUGUAGUGAGCAUGCAUCUUGUCUGAAUACAAAUGGUUCCUAUAUAUGUUCCUGCACCCCGCCAUACACAGGAGAUGGUAAAACAUGUGCAGAACCUGUAAAAUGUAAGGCCCCAGAGACUCCAGAAAAUGGUCACACAUCUGGUGACAUUUAUAUAGUCGGUGCUGAAGUCACAUUUUCUUGUGAGCAAGGCUACCAGUUGAUGGGCGUGACGAAAAUCACAUGUCUGGAGUCUGGAGAAUGGAAUCAUCUGGUGCCGUCCUGUGAAGCUGUUUUUUGUGGGACGCCUGCUAUUCCAGAAAAUGGUGGCUUUGAGGGAUCAUCAUUUACUUACGGCAGUAAAGUGACAUACAGGUGUGAUAAAGGAUAUACUCUGAUGGGUGAUGAGGAAUCCUCCUGCCUUGCAAGCGGUUCUUGGAGUCAUUCUCCACCUGUGUGUGAACUGGUGAAGUGUUCCAGUCCUGAAAGCAUAAAUAAUGGAAACUAUAUUUUGAGUGGGCUUACCUACCUUUCUCAGGCAACAUAUUCGUGUGAGAGAGGAUACAGCUUACAGGGCCCUUCAAUCAUUGAAUGCACAGCAUCAGGCCACUGGGAUCCAGCGCCACCUACCUGUCAUCUUGUCGUCUGUGGAGAGCCUCCUGCCAUCAAAGAUGCUGUCACCACUGGAAGUAACUUCACUUUUGGAAACACUGUCACUUACGCUUGCAAGGAAGGAUAUACCCUUGCUGGUCCGGACACCAUUGAAUGCCUGGCCAAUGGCAAGUGGAAUGGAAGUAACCAGCAGUGCCUGGCUGUCUCCUGUGAUGAGCCCCCCAACGUGGAGCACGCCUCUCCAGAGACAGCCCACAGGCUCUAUGGAGACAUUGCAUUCUACUACUGCUUGGAUGGCUACAGCCUGGCAGACAACGCCCAGCUCCUCUGCAAUGCCCAGGGCAAGUGGAUUCCCCCCGACGGUCAGGCCGUGCCCAGAUGUAUAGCUCAUUUCUGUGAAAACCCCCCAUCAGUUUCCUAUAGCAUCUUGGAAUCUGUGAGCAAAGCAAAAUUUGCCAUUGGCUCUGUCGUGAGCUUCAAAUGCAUGGAAGGUUUUGUGCUGAACACCUCAGCAAAGAUUGAAUGUAUGAGAGGUGGGCAGUGGGAGCCCUCCCCCAUGUCCAUCCAGUGUAUCCCUGUGCGCUGUGGGGAGCCGCCCAGCAUCAUGAACGGCUACGCGAGUGGGGCGAACUACAGCUUUGGGGCCGUGGUGGCUUACAGCUGCAACAAAGGCUUCUACAUCAAAGGGGAGAAGAAGAGCACCUGCGAAGCCACGGGGCACUGGAGUAGCCCCAUGCCCACGUGCCAUCCUGUAUCUUGCAAUGAGCCACCUAGGGUUGACAAUGGCUUUCUAGAGCACACAACUGGCCGGGUCUUCGAGAGUGAAGUGAGAUACCGGUGUAACCCAGGAUAUAAGCCAGUUGGCAAUCCUGUGUUCAUCUGCCAAGCCAACCGCCACUGGCACAAUGAAUGGCCUCUGUCUUGCGUCCCUCUCAGCUGUGGGAAACCUCCCCCAAUCGAGAAUGGAUAUGUGGAAGGAGAAAACUUUGAAGUGGGCUCCAAGGUCCGGUUUUUCUGUAAUAGUGGUUAUGAACUUAUUGGUGAUGACUCUUGGACAUGCCAGAAGUCUGGCAAGUGGAAUAAGAAGCCAAACCAAAAAUGUGUGCCUGCCAAAUGCCCAGAGCCACCACUCCUGGAAAACCAGCUCGUGUUGAAGGAGUUGACCUCAGAGGUAGGAGUAGUGACACUUUCUUGUAAGGAGGGCCUUGCCCUGCAAGGGCCCUCUGUCCUGAAAUGCCUGCCGUCUCAGCAGUGGAAUGAUUCCUUUCCUGUUUGUAAAAUGGUUCUUUGCCUUCCACCUCCACUGAUCGCCUUUGGUAUGGCUGCCUCUUCUUCCGCUCUUCAUUUUGGAAGUAUUGUCACGUAUUCUUGUGUGGAUGGAUUCUUCCUCAGAGGAGACCCCACGAUCAUCUGCCAAGCCGAUGGCACCUGGAGCUCUCCGCUGCCAGAAUGCGUUCCCGUAGAAUGUCCGCAGCCUGAGGAAAUCCUCAAUGGUAUCAUCGAUGUGCAAGGUCUUGCCUAUCUCAGCACAGCUCUCUAUACCUGUAAACCAGGCUUUGUGUUGGUGGGAAACACUACUAUCCUUUGUGGAGAAAAUGGACAGUGGCUUGGUGGAAAACCAACAUGUAAACCCAUUGAGUGUCCACAGCCCAAGGACAUUUUGAACGGAAAGUUUGCUUAUACAAAUCUCUACUAUGGGCAAACCAUUACUUACUCUUGUAACCGAGGCUUCAGACUCGAAGGUCCCCAAGCCUUGACUUGUUUAGAGACAGGAGACUGGGAUGUGGAUGCCCCAUCUUGCAGUGCCAUACAUUGUAACGUCCCACAGCCUAUUGAAAAUGGUUUUGUAGAAGGUGCAGAUUACAGCUUUGGUGCCAUGAUCAUCUAUAGCUGCUUCCCCGGCUUCCAGAUAGCUGGUCACGCCAUGCAGACCUGUGAAGAGUCAGGGUGGUCAAGCUCCAUCCCAGCAUGUGUACCGAUAGACUGUGGGCUCCCUCCUCACAUAGAUUUUGGAGACUCUGUUAAGAUCAAAGAUGGUCAGGGCUAUUUUGACCAAGAAGAUGUAAUGGAAGUUCCCUAUCUGACGCCUCCCCCUCCUCACCAUUCGAGAACAGUGGCUAAAGCUUUGGAAAAUGCUGGGGAGUCUCCUGCUACCCAUUUUUCAAGCUUUCUGUAUGGCACUGUGAUUUCAUACACCUGUAUCCCGGGAUAUGAGCUCUUGGGGAACCCUAUACUGAUCUGCCAGGAAGAUGGAACUUGGAAUGGCAGUGCACCUUCCUGCAUUUCAGUGGAGUGUAACUUGCCUCCUGUGCCUGAAAAUAGCAUUCUGCAUUUUGCAGAGACUACCAUGGGCAGCGCAGUUCAUUACAGCUGCAAACCCGGGCACAUUCUAGUAGGUCCCAACAUAAGACUCUGUCUACAGAGUAAGGAAUGGAGUGACGCUCUCCCACACUGUGAAGCCAUUUCCUGCCAAAAGCCCAAUCCACUCAUUAAUGGAUCUAUCAAAGGAAGCAACUAUACAUACUUGAGCAUGUUGUACUACGAAUGUGACCCUGGGUAUCUGUUAAGUGGUGCAGAGAGGAGAAUGUGCCAAGAAGAUCAAACUUGGGAGGGCAGUGAGCCAACAUGCAUUCCUGUGGACUGUGGUCCACCCCCAGUGUUAGUCAAUGGCCACGUCAUAGGUGAUGUGUACACAUUCCAGAAGGAGGUUGAGUACACUUGCAGUGAAGGGUUCUUGCUUGAAGGAGCUAGAAGUCGUGUUUGUCUUGCUGAUGGAAGUUGGAGUGAAACCACUCCCGUUUGUGUGCCUGUUAAAUGUGCCGCUCCAGGACCGGUGGCAAAUGGGGUGAUGAAUGGCCUGGACUAUAGCUUUGGGAAGGAGGUUAUAUUUCACUGUCAGGAGGGAUAUGUAUUACAUGGUGCUCCAAAACUCACCUGUCAAGCAAAUGGCAGUUGGGAUGAAGAAGUUCCUCUCUGUAAACCAGUCAACUGUGGACCUGCUGAAGCUCUUGCCAGUGGCUUCUCUAAUGGCUUUUCCUUUUAUCAUGGGGGACAUAUACAGUAUCAGUGCUUUCCUGGUUAUAAGCUCUUGGGGAGUCCUUCAAGAAGGUGUCUCUCCAAUGGUUCCUGGAGUGGAAACAUACCUUCCUGCCUGCCUUGCAGGUGUUCUACACCGAUAAUUCCAAAUGGAGUUGUCAAUGGAACAGAUUUUAGCUGUGGAAAGGCAGCUCAGAUUCAGUGUUCCAAAGGCUUCAAGCUCGUGGGACUUUCAGAAAUCACCUGUCUAGCCAAUGACCAAUGGAGCAGUGGCUUCCCACAUUGUGAACACGUUUCCUGUGGCACUCUCCCAACAAUAUCAAAUGCAUUCAUCAGUGAAAGUGGCUCAUUGGAAGAGAAUGUUGUAACUUACAGCUGCAGACCUGGGUAUGUCAUGCAAGGCAGUGCAGAUCUGAUCUGUACAGAGAAAGGCACAUGGAGCCAGCCUUUCCCAGUCUGUGAGCGUCUGUCAUGUGGACCCCCGCCCGCUUCUGCCAAUGCAGUGGCAACUGGAGAGACCCACACCUAUGAAAGCCAAGUGAAACUCAGAUGUCUGGAAGGCUAUGAGAUGGACACAGAUAUUGAUACAUUCACUUGCCAGAAAGAUGGACAUUGGUUCCCCAAGAAAAUCUCCUGCAGUCCAAAAAAAUGUCCUCUUCCAGCAAACAUGACACAUCUACUCAUUCAUGGGGAAGAUUUCAGUGUUAAUAAGCAAGUAUCUGUGUCCUGUAGAGCAGGAUAUAUAUAUGAAGGAGUUAACGUAUCCACCUGUCAGCUUGAUGGCACCUGGGAGCCACCAUUUGCGGAUGAAUCGUGCAGUCCAGUUUCUUGUGGGAAGCCUGAAACUCCAGAACAUGGACUUGUGGUUGGCAGUAAAUACAGUUUUGAAAGCACAAUUAUUUAUCAGUGUGAACCUGGCUAUGAAUUAGAGGGGAACGGGGAGCGUGUCUGUCAGGAGAAUGGACAGUGGAGUGGAAGGGCAGCAACAUGCAAAAAGACCAAGUGCAAAGCCCCAUCAGUGUUUCUAAAUGGAAAGGCUGAAGUUGAAAAUGCUACAGGUGGACCCCAUGUGACGUAUUCCUGCAACAGAGGCUACAGCCUGGAAGGGACACCUGAGGCUUACUGUACUGAAAAUGGAACUUGGAGCCACUCUGCUCCUCUCUGCAAACCAAAUCCGUGUCCUGUUCCUUUUGUGAUUCCGGAGAAUGCUCUACUGUCGGAAAAGGAGUUUUAUGUUGAUCAGAAUGUGUCUAUCAAGUGUAGAGAAGGCUUCCAGCUCCAGGGUGAAGGCAUCAUUACCUGCAGCCCCGAUGAGACGUGGACACAGACAAGUGCCAAGUGCAAGAAAAUCUCCUGUGGUCCACCAGCUCAUGUGGAAAAUGCGAUUUCUCGAGGCGCACAUUAUCAGUAUGGAGACAUGAUCACCUACUCAUGUUACAGUGGAUACAUGUUGGAAGGUUCCCUAAGGAGCGUUUGCAUAGAAAACGGAACCUGGACAUCACCUCCUAUUUGCAAAGCUGUCUGUCGAUUCCCAUGUCAGAAUGGAGGCAUCUGCCAGCGCCCAAAUGCUUGUUCCUGUCCAGACGGCUGGAUGGGACGCCUCUGUGAAGAGCCAAUAUGCAUUCUACCCUGUCUGAAUGGUGGUCGCUGUGUGGCCCCUUAUCAGUGCGAUUGCCCCUCUGGCUGGACUGGGUCCCGCUGUCAUACAGCUGUUUGCCAGUCUCCAUGUUUAAAUGGUGGGAAGUGCAUAAGACCAAACCGAUGCCACUGUCUGUCUGGUUGGACGGGAUACGACUGUUCCAGGAAGAGGAGGACUGGCUAUUAA